CAACCCAAAAUUUAACAUCGGGUUCGGAAUAUCCCAUGAAUAUCGAUUAACCUCUUUUUUGAAAAAAAAUAAAAAUAAAAUUGUGAAGCGAAUCCAGCGGUGGUAUCAACAGCUACCAGAAAACGGACAGAAACACGACAACGUCGUAAAAGAUUCUUUUUCAGUCGGCGAAGUUUCCUUUCCCCUUUAACCAAACAAAAAUUAGGGCUUUCCUUGUUCAAUCCAUCUCUCUUCUCGGACGACACUCAAAAUGGGAUUGUGGGAUUCUUUUCUCAAUUGGCUCCGGAGCCUAUUCUUUAAACAGGAAAUGGAACUUUCAUUAGUAGGUCUUCAGAAUGCGGGGAAGACGUCUCUUGUAAAUUCCAUUGCCACCGGGGGCUACAGUGAGGACAUGAUUCCAACUGUUGGAUUCAACAUGAAGAAAGUUACAAAGGGAAAUGUCACAAUUAAACUUUGGGACCUUGGAGGGCAAAGGAGGUUCCGUUCGAUGUGGGAGCGUUAUUGUCGUGGUGUCUCCGCAAUUGUGUAUGUUGUUGAUGCUGCUGACAGAGACAGUGUUCCAAUAUCUCGAAGCGAGCUACAUGACCUCUUGAUGAAGCCUUCACUAACGGGAAUUCCUUUACUUGUUCUCGGCAAUAAAAUCGAUAAGUCAGAGGCUCUUACCAAGCAAGCCUUGGUCGAACAGCUAGGUCUUGACUCAGUCGGGGACAGAGAGGUUUGCUGCUACAUGAUCUCAUGCAAGGAUUCGAUCAAUAUCGAUGUGGUUAUUGACUGGCUUAUCAAACACUCAAAAACAGCAAAUUGAUCCCAUUAUUUGGGGUGCUGUGGUUAAAAUUCAAGCAAUGUUGAAGUUCGAGUUUUUAAACCGAGACGUAAAUCGCCGGAAGAAAUGAUCUCUUCUCGCUGGAUUCCUCAGCAUUGGUUGGCUUUAUCUGUGCACUAUACAUGUGUUGAUGGAUCUGUAAAGUGUACUUUGAUGGUGGAAGGAAGUUUUUUAUGUAUUCCUUUUUUUAACUC